GCCAUCUUGACGCACCGAACGACCUAGCCACUGUGGGCUGGUACGCUGUCGUCCGCGGACGUGCGCGCAGAGGACUAGUCGAGACAAGGAGGCGUUCCCUUGCUCACUCCAUCCAUGUGCAUACUCGCGCUCGCGCUCGAGAGCCACCCUGACUUCCCUCUGAUUCUCCUCUUCAACCGCGACGAGCGCUUUGACCGCGAGACUGAGCCGGUCGCGCCGCACGAGGACGGCUGCGUACACGCGACCGACGUCGAAGCGGGCGGCACGUGGAUGUCGAUCAACUCGCACACGGGAGCGCUCGCGGCCCUCACCAACGUUCGCUGCGCCGGCCCGACUGGCCGCCCUCUCGAGUCGCGCGGCGUCCUCGUCCGCAGGGCCGUGCUCGGCGAGGCGUGGGUGGCGCUGCACUCCAACGCGUACGCCUGCUUCAACAUGCUGUGGGGCACGCUCCGCGCCGACGGGGCGAGUGAGCUCCGGCUGAGCGCCUGCGCGCCCUCGUCAGAGGGCGACUUUGCAGUGAGCACGACGGAGCUGCGGGUCGAGAGGGGCCGCGCCGCCGUCCUCACCAAGACCAACGACGCGAGCGGCCAGAUGACGGGCCCGGCGUCGGCGGCGGGCUCCGACGCGGCGUGGCCAAAGGCGGCGUGGCUGCAGCAGGAGGUGGCGCGGCGGCUCGAGGGGGCGCGCCCAAAGUGCGCCGGCAGGGCGGGCGCGGAGGAGCUGCUGCGGCUCCUGAUGCCCGCCAUGAGCACCUCGGCGCUGGCCGGCGCCGCCGCAGAGGCGGCCGAGGCCGCGCGCGGCGUGCACUCGCACCACGCGGCCUGGUCCGAGCGGCGGCUGCAAGCGGCGCCCUUCAUCACGCCCUUUGACAACCACGCCGGCCCCGAGCCCGCCGCGGUGGGGAGCCACGCGCCCGGGUACGCGCCCUCGUGGUACGGCACGGUCUCCCAGACGGCGUGGCUGCUGAGCAAGAGCGAGGCGUGCGUGUGGGUGGCCUACCGCGAGACUGCGCGGCCGCGGGGCGAUAUGACGCACGGCGCGGGCGGCACCGAGCCCGCGGCGGUGGGCGAGCACGGGCCGUGGCGGUGGCAGAGGGUGCCGCUGCCACGGACGUAGCCGGCGGCGCGACAGGCAGUGGAGCGUGCGCCAGGCGUGUGAGAGCAGGAGUGGUGGAGAGUGGUGGGGUUGUGGGCUGUGCCUGUGAGAUUUGUUUGUUGGACUGGUGAAUCAGAUUGCGUCAUCGUGGCCACAGCACACCGUGGCAUUGCGCGGCUUUGCGGGCCAGGUCUUCCAUGUACUUCACCGUCACGUAGCCACCGUUGUACUUAGCGUACUUGCCCGUAGCGCCGAGGACGGCGAAGACGUGCGUGCUCGCC